AUGGCAUCAUCUGCUUCUGAUAAAUCAAAAGGGCGUGCUGUAAGCCCUGAUAAGGAAUUUGAGAAUGGGGAAAAUGCUAAUGAGGUAAAUUCUAACAUUGAAGACUCUCCAAUGGAUGUCGCUGCAGCCCCCAUAUCCCCUGAUGCUGCUGCGAAUGAUACCUGUCAACAAAAUGGCUUUGGGCCUGAUACUCAUCUUGGUGCGGAAAUCGGUAAGAUUGCAACCUAUAAGAUAAGGCCAGUUCUGAGGAUGAUUACAGGAUCAACUAUAUCCGAGUUCGAUUUGACUGGUGAUCUUUUUAAAGCUCUUGAAGAUCAGAGGGAUCUCAUCAGGGAUCUUAACGCUUCGACCAGUGUGCCUCCAAGUAGAUGUCAAGCCUUUAAGGAUGGGAUGAAACAAGGAAUUAUUAAUCCAAGUGAUAUUGAUGUUACCUUUGAGAAUUUUCCUUAUUAUCUCAGUGAGAAUACAAAGAAUGUGCUCUUAUCAUGUGCAUUCAUACACUUGGAAAAGAAGGAAUUCAUCAAGCAGUUUGCUGAGAUUUCAUCAAUAAAUCAGCGAAUUUUGUUAUCUGGUCCAGCAGGUUCCGAGAUUUAUCAGGAAACAUUGGUAAAGGCACUUGCCAAACAUUUUGGUGCUAGACUCCUUGUCGUGGAUUCACUUUUGCUGCCUGGGGCACCUUCCAAGGAUCCAGAAUCCCAGAAAGAUGUUGGGAAGGCUGAUAAAUCAGGGGAUAAGGCAACUGCCGAGAAGUUUGCAAUAUAUCAGAAGCAUCGUUCUUCGUUGGCAGACACUGUUCACUUCAGGAGGCCAGCUGCACCAACUUCCAGUGUGAAUGCUGAUAUUGUGGGAACAUCCACUCCUCUACCGAAACAGGAAUCGUCAACAGCUACAUCCAAGAGCUAUACUUUCAGAGAAGGUGAUAGGGUGCGUUAUGUGGGUCCAGCUCAGCCAUCCUCUUUGUCACAAAGGGGACCAAGUUAUGGUUAUCGAGGCAGAGUGAUGCUUGCUUUUGAAGAUAAUGGAUCCUCAAAAAUUGGAGUCCGAUUUGACAAGCAGAUCCUUGAUGGUAAUGAUCUUGGCGGUUUGUGCGAGGAAGAUCAUGGCUUCUUCUGCUCUGCUGAAUUACUGCGCCCAGACUUUUCUGCUGGUGAAGAAGUUGAGAGGCUAGCUAUGACCGAGUUAAUAGAGGUCAUUUCAGAAGAGAACAAAGCUGGACCUCUGAUAGUGUUACUUAAGGAUGUAGAGAAAUCAUUCACUGGAGUUACAGAGUCACUUUCAUCUUUGAGGAGCAAACUUGAAUUGCUUCCAUCUGGUGUUCUUGUUAUAGGAUCCCACACCCAGAUGGACAGCCGCAAAGAGAAGGCGCAUCCUGGAGGUUUUCUUUUCACAAAGUUUGCCAGUAGCAGCCAGACACUUUUUGACCUUUUCCCGGAUAGCUUUGGUAGCAGGUUGCAUGAAAGAAGCAAGGAAAGUCCAAAGGCAAUGAAACAUCUAAAUAAACUUUUCCCAAACAAAAUUUUGAUCCAGCUUCCGCAGGAUGAAGCUCUGCUUACAGAUUGGAAGCAGCAGUUGGAUCGUGAUGUUGAAACACUUAAAGCCAAAUCAAAUAUUGGUAGCAUUCGCAUGUUUCUGAGCCGCAAUGGAAUUGAAUGCAAUGAUCUUGAAGAAUUAUUCAUCAAAGACCAAUCACUGAGUAAUGAAAAUGUGGACAAGAUUGUUGGGUACGCAGUGAGUUAUCACCUUAAGCACAAUAAAAUUGAAACGUCCAACUCCAAGGAUGCUAAACUUGUACUCACAGGUGAAAGCCUUAAGCAUGGGCUCAACAUGCUGAGCAUGCAAAGUGAUAACAAGAGCUCCAAAAAAUCACUGAAGGAUGUUGUCACAGAGAAUGAGUUUGAGAAAAGGCUUUUGGCAGAUGUUAUACCACCUAAUGACAUUGGAGUUACCUUUGAUGAUAUUGGAGCCUUGGAGAAUGUAAAGGACACGUUAAAGGAGCUGGUGAUGCUCCCUUUACAAAGACCUGAAUUGUUCUGCAAAGGGCAGUUAACAAAGCAUUACAUCGAAGGUAUCAUUUCACCUAAUGGGCAACUGAUGAGGUCUAGUGUCUCAAGGCUAACCAUUGGUUCAUUUACUUUCAGUGGUUUGGUGAAGGAGAGAAGUCGAUACACUAAAGAUAAGGAGCGUGUACUUGUUCUUGGUGCUACAAAUAGACCGUUUGAUCUGGACGAGGCUGUGAUUAGGAGGUUCCCCCGCAGGUUAAUGGUAAACUUACCCGAUGCAUCAAAUAGAGAGAAAAUUCUAAAAGUAAUUUUGGCAAAAGAAGAGCUGGGAUUGGAUGUUGAUCUGGACUCGCUUGCCAAUAUGACUGAUGGUUAUUCAGGAAGCGACCUUAAGAAUCUGUGUGUGACCGCAGCGCAUUAUCCCAUUCGAGAAAUUCUGGAGAAGGAAAAGAAGGAGAAGAAUUUGGCUAAAACAGAAGGUAGGCCAGAGCCUGCAUUGUAUGGAAGCGAGGACAUCCGUCCUCUUAGCAUAGAUGACUUCAAAUCUGCCCAUGAGCAGGUUUGUGCGAGCGUUUCGUCUGAUUCAGCAAACAUGAACGAGCUUCAUCAAUGGAAUGACCUGUAUGGUGAAGGCGGGUCAAGGAAGAAGAAAGCGCUGAGCUACUUCAUGUGA